CCAUCGCCUCGGAGGUGCACACGUUGAUCGGCAUGGCAUCGACGCGCAAUACUGACCGUUGCCCCUCGAUGCCAUCAACGCAUAGCAGUAACGUUACUUUAUGUAAUGAAAUCGUCAAUUCCUGUUCUGUCAAUGUACAAAAGCCGCUCUGCACAUAGUAAAUUGACGAACACCCUCUUGUUGCCCCAGGCAGUCCCCUUGACUGUCUCAGCACAUAAAAGUGAUGCUGAUGAAUGGCAGAAAAAUAGAAGCGAUCACACAAAUGGGCGUUUUGGCUCAACGCGGCUGCACCAUCGACUGCUCGGUGUCGCCUCCCCUCGAGGCAGCCGCGAAGCGAGCUCAGGACGAAGUGUUGAAGCAAGACGCGCAAUGGGAAGCCGAGCUCGCGAAGCAGGUGGAGGAGCGGCAAAACAACCGAAACCCCAGCAACCUGGGCCCCGCUCGCUCCUCCUCAGGGGCCGGCGCUCUGAUGCUCGGGACGAUGGCGCACGAGCGGCUGCAGCUGCUGCUAUUGGAGGAGCUGGAGGGGCUGGUGUCGCGGCUGCGGUCUGCAGGCGUGGGCGGCGGCGCAAUUCCGGUGCCGGUUCCGGGCGUGGAGGAUGCUGAGGGGGUUGCGGCACGCGUGUCAUUGCUGUUCGGACCCGAACUCUUCGACAUCCUCCCCCCGCGGCUGGUGGGCGCUCUGGAGGGCUAUGGCGGAACGCUGGCUCCCCUGUCGCCAACCGCCGCCGAAGUGGUGGCAGCCUGGCUGCGAGAGCGCGGCCGCGCCCCGACCUCGACUCCUGUUGAGCGCCCGGCGGCGGGUCCGCGAGGCGGCGCGACGGCGGCCAUGGCGGCGGCCGUGGCGGCGGCGGUUCCACGCCUGGGGGAUGAGGUGCUGGAUGGCCUGAUGCACCUGCUGGUGGGGGCGGCGGAGCAGGCGCACGGCGGCGGCGACCGGCGGCCGGUGGCGUGGAGCGCGCUGGUCAUGUGCCGGCCAGGUCGGGUGGAGAUGCUGCGGCGGCUCAUCGAGACGCAGCUGCCCGGUGUGCGCAUGCACGUCCGCACCACCGUCGAUCGGGUCGAGCGCAAGGGCUGUGGCCGGAAGGUCGCCGAGUUGGUGCGGCAGGCCCGCCAGGGUCGCAUCAGCCAGGCCAACUUCGACCUCGCCAUGUUGCAGCUGCAACAGGUUCGGGUGCACGGCUUUCCGCCGACCACUGCUACCCCCGACGGUAAGCGCGGCGGCACCGGUGCCGGCGGCCGUGGCAAAAAGGGCGCCGCUGCCAGCAACGCCCGCAACAGCAACAACAGCAGCAACAACGGCGGAAGCAACAGCCAAGCCGACAGCAAUGUCGUGAUGGGGCACGGCCCGUACCCAGACGGCAACGUGUUGGUCCUGGUGUCGUUCAACCGCGGCCCCGAAUACGCCGUCCUCUGCGACGAGCUCCUUGUGUGGACGCCCUUACCGCACGCGCCUAACCAGCACGACAGCCCAAAUCCGGAUCCAAGUCCAGGUGCGGGAGGCGGCGGCGGCGGCGGUGGCAGCAGCAUAGUGUCCAGUCAGCAGCUGAUGAGUGCGGCGGCGGCGCUGUGUGCGGAGGUGAUGCGGCUGAGGGUGAUGCAGGCGGCGGCGGCGCGGGUGAAGGCGGCGCUGGGUCGCUGCAGCGGCGCGGCGCUGGCGGGCUCCAGCUGGGAGCACUGGGCGGCGCUGGGCGCGAGCGAGCGCCCGGUGAUGGAGGUGGCAGCGCGGCAGCACCACUGGGCCAUGGUGACCCGCAGCAUGGGCCGCCCGGGCGGCGACACACACCCGAAUGUGGCGGCGGCGCUCAAGCUGCGCCUGCUGCAGGUGCUGCUGCCUCCGCCUGCUGACGGCGCGCCGCUUGGCGCGAAGAAGGGCGGUGCACGCACGCCAACCGCAGCAGCAGCAGCAGCAGCCGCAGGCGCGCCGGCGGGAGCCGCAGCGGAUGCCGCCGCAGCGGACGGCACGGGCGCCCAGCCGGAAGCGGCGCAGCAGCAGCAGCAGCAGCAGCGGGCCCGUCAGGCUCUGGAGGCGGAGGUGGACGCGUUCGUGUCCGAUCUGAUACCGAUGUUGGCGGAGGCCUACUGCACCACCGCCCGCGCUGGCGUCGGCGCCGGCGGCGGGCCGGCGGCGCUGCUGCCGGAGGCUGUGUCGGCGCUGCCCGCGUGCCGGCAGCCGCUGAUGGCGGAGGUGACACCCCACUUCUACACCUACCGACCGCAGCAGGCGGCGGUGAAGCUCGAGCUUAUGAAUGCCCGGCGCGAGAGGGAGCAGGCGGCAGAAAGCCAGGCCGAGCCGCCCGCCUGGCUGCAGGGCCGCGUGUUUGCGGGGCUGGUGGUGGUGCUGGCGGUGCUGGCGUGGAGCCUGCAGGCCGCCGGCUGGGUCUGGCUGCACCGGCUGCGCCUGGGCCUGCCCGCCACCGCGCUGCUUACGCAGGCCUCCGAGCCGCUGCUACUGCCGCUGCACUCGCUGGCGGCGGCGCUACUGCCGGCCAGGCACGCGGAGGCGCUGGUGUGGCUGGUGCUGGCGCUGGUGCAGGUGGUGCUGUAUGUUGCGGUGGCGGCGGCGGCGGCGCGGCAGGUGGUCGGCAGCCAGCCGCUGGCGUGGGAGGCGCUGACGCGCGCGGUGCAGGCGUUCCUGGGGGUGGGCAGGGUGGACCUGGACGCGCUGCGGCGCCGCACCGAGGCGCAGCGGCGGCGCUGGGCGGCGCGGCUGGCGGCGGCGGCCAUGGGUGAAGCCCGGUCGCGCGGCUUCGCCACGGCCGACCAGGUGCAGUGCGUCUUGGACGGUCUGGUGCGGCGCCAGUGCAGCAGCAGCAGCAGCAGUAGCGGAGGCCGUGGCGGCAGCAUUGGAGCUGCGGCGUGGGAGGGCGAGGUGGAGGUGGAGAUGGAGCUGCCUGGCAGUGUGGAGGAGGUGCAGGCGUUCCUCUCGCUACCUGUGGCAGUGGAGGGAGUGCAGGAGGAGGAGGAAGAGCAGGACGCGAAGGGAGCGGAGCGGGGGAGCGAGCGGCAGCGGCUGGCGCAAUCCCGGGCGCCUGAGAUUGAGAUGCUGCUAACUGUGGCCCUGUCGACUCGCACGACUGCUGCGGCCUCCGGUGCCGCUGCCGGGCCCGCCCAGCAGCACCCGCACCAGCACCGGCCCGAGGCCAUCGGGUGGAAGCAGCAGAAGGAGGAGGAGAAGGAGAAGCGCCAGCGCGCAGGGCAGGAGGGCGCAAGCGGCGUCGGCAGCCUGCCAGGCGGCAGCUGCGGCGUUGCGGCGCCCACCAAGGCUGCGGCCACUGCUACUGCUACUGCCACUGCCGGUUCCAGCCAAAGCAGCUGCAGUCCGGCGGGCGCGGUGGCGGCGGCAGCUGCUGCUGCCGUGGCGGCUUCUGCGGAUGCCUCUGCUCAGUCGCGGCGGCGGCGGGACGGGAAGGCGCCUGGCGUGCGGCGGCCCGGUGCCAAGACCGUGUCACAGGUGCUCGAGGAGGACGGCUGGGAGCCCGUGCGCCGCCGCAACCACACGGUCUACUGCCGCGUGCUGUCCAGCGGCCUGACGCCGACGCCCACCCGCAGCUGCACACCCUCCGACUGGCGCACAGCCGCCACGCAGCUGGCGCAGCUGCGGCGGCGCACCCAGGACGAGCGGCAGACGCAGUACGUCACCGCCGCCAGAGCCACCAUCAUGGCAGCCGCCAGCGCGACGGCGCCGCCGCAGGCGCAGGCUGCGCGGGCUGCGCAGGCGGUGCAGGUGGCGGCGCAGGAGAAGGAGCGGGAGGAGGGGCGUGUGGGCAUGAUUGAAGGAGGCAAGUGAUGGUGACAGAGACGAAGACAAUGCUGGAUGAUGGGGAUAAUGGGGACGACGGUGAUAAACUGAUAAUGGAGGUGGCGAUGACUCGGACGGCUUUGUUGUGGACUCGAUAGGCGAGGAGAAGGACGGUGGGGAAGAUGAUGAGGGUAAGCAUGGCGGAGUGAGGACUGAGGGUGGAGGAUGGAGCAGGAUGGAGCACUGGGGAUUGGAGCAUUGGGAAUCGAGGAUUGAGAGACAGGUGACGUGUCAUGACCGUCAUUUUGCUGGAAUGAAUGGCAGGGAGGGGCCGAGUACGAGCCGAGCAGGGCGCAGUACCAGGCAGAAGAUUGCGGGACUGUACGUGAAGUGCUGCUUUGUGUGUUCCGGUACGCACGUGCAUAACGUUUUGUCGUUCCAGGGCAAAACUGUGAGCCAUGAUGCAACGAAAUGUCGCGGGCACGGUGGUGUAUAGUCUGCAAGCUGGCGAGGGGCAAAACGAGGGGAGUGGAGACCGAGCGGCACCAGCCGUGACAAUUAGG